AGUAGAAUAGUAUAUUAGAUAGGAUAGUCUGAUGCACGCAGGAGGGUCGGCUGGCACCUGCUGUGUGUUUUUCAAUCUGGCGUUGUUCUUCUUCUUAUUUUACCCUCAUGAAGUGAAGUUUAUUUUAUCUGCAAGUGAUGAUGUGGGGGACAUGGUCUAUAUAUCUACACGAGUGAUGUAUAUAAAUUGAGUUUGACAUCAUGAUCGACAGACAGAUGCCAUUUACUCAGUGAUGCAGCCAGUAGCUACGUAGCUAGCUAGUUGGUCCGAUCCACAUGACAGUAUCAACAAAGAGCAAACAAACCUACUACUAAGUACUUACUGAAGAACAAAAUACUACAGUAC